AUGGCACCAACGCGCGCGGAGAUUCGAUUCGUUCUUGGCGGCAAUGCAGUGGUUAAGAUAGAGUUUGACCAAUACACAAUGUCAUCGCCGGUUCAAGACGAGUGCUCCAAGAAACGCUUGGUGUCGACGGCUUCAAUGUUAUCGCAAGGGCGAAAGCAGAGCUGGAAGAGGCAUGUCCAGGUGUGGUGUCCUGCGCUGACAUUGUGGCGCUAG